ACGGGUCCGUGGGGGAACAGCACAGGUCCUCACAAUGUGUGAACGGGCUGAUUGAUUCAAGGAAAAGUAUGAUUAUACAUUUUGGGGCUCUAGCAAUAGAGGAAGCAACUAAAAAAUCCUAAAAUAAGGCUCCAUCUCGUGACCUCUCACCCACCUCUGAGAUUUUUAGCUAAAAUUGUCCCCAGACUUUAUCACCAAACCAAAAAGGAGAAUGGAGAAACCCUAGCCCUGGGGUUAGGGUUAGGGUUAGUCACCCCAGGCAUCACCCUCAACCUGGGGUUAGGGAUAGUUACCCCAGGCAUCACCUUCAACCUGGGGUUAGGGUUAGUUACCCCAGGCAUCACCCUCAACCUGGGGUUAUGGUUAGUUACCCCAGGCAUCACCCUCAACCUGGGGUUAUGGUUAGUUACCCCAGGCAUCACCCUCAACCUGGGGUUAGGGUUAGUUACCCCAGGCAUCACCCUCAACCUGGGGUUAGGGUUACGUCUCUGUGCCUGGCCCCCUUUUGGCAGAGAUUCCAGGUUUUCACAGAGCGAUCCCACGGUGUCCUCUGGUUGAUUGGCCAUAUGACCGUGUUCCUAUAUCUUUCCAAUUACUUUCGAUUGAUUUAUUGCGAUGCCUUUUAUUUCCACACAUUUGAUGAUGCUUUGUGAAUCAUUGCAGGGCUAUUUGUAUUGACAAAGACAGCCAUCGAUGAUAAAUUACCUUUAUCUGUGUCCAAUCCCCAGCUGUAUUUUCCUUCCCCGGUUAAGACAGCCAAUCAAAGCAAAAUGUUGACAAACAUCAUCAAUACAAAUAACCAAUGCAGAUGUAAUUAUUAGGGACAACCCACUGAAAGUGUAAACCAAGCUAUGUGGCUAUGAGGAAGACCUGAUCUGUACCUGCAGGGGAAGGUCAGAGACUUUCUCACUUUCCUUGGGAAAAAAAGAGAAUUGUGUGUUAUGCGGGCGACCACCGCCAGAGUGAAAAGAAACUGUGUCAACUUUAACAAAUCCUGCCUGAGAUCUUAUCAGGUGUACUUUGCCCAGGCUUGUGUUUGGUUAAAACUCGCUCAGCGUGGGACGGCUGGAGCGGCGUGCUGCGUGGUACAAUAGAAAAAAGAAAAAGAAAAAACAAGGAAAGGGCUCUCUGUCGAGAGACGAGUUUGGGCAGAGAACAGGCUGGUUGUGGAAUUCUGAGCUGACACAUCUUUCGAGGUGAACACAGAAAACACACCUUUCCCAUCGGAGCAGGGAUACUUUGGAUCGCAUUGAUUAAGACAUUAUGGAGGCCAGUAAGGAGGUGGACACCACAAGGGUUUACCAGAAAGGUCCGGAAUUCCUUCGCAAACAAAUGGAACUGGAGAGCGAGAGCAAAGGGGGAUUGAGUGCGGUAGAAAGGCUAGCGGCAAGCAAACCAAUAUAUGUUAAGAGUCUACAGGUCGUCAACGCAACACAACUGCCAGUUAUACACAUUGGAUCAGCCUCUGUGAGCAGUAAUGGUUCUUCAAACCGCUCCAAAGGCUCAAGACGGACUGGAAAUCCUGCGGUUGAGGAGCCAGUAUGUCCACCAGAACUGGACAGCGUGGUUCGACGAUCCAGCUCUAAAAAACGCCCGGAUUCCUUAUUACUUUACCGACAUAAAUGUGACCUACUGAAUGGGUCGUCGACCCGUGUGAGGAAUAAACAGAAUCUGGGAAACAGGUUACUUUGUGGCAAUGCGGAUCGAAAUUGCCACUUACUUGAAGCAACAGAUGGCACAUCAGAGGGGAACGAAUUAACUGAGGGGAUUACAACAGAACGGGUCUCAGGUGCGGUUGGUAAUCAAUCUGGGAAAUCUUUAACACAAAUUGCGCAACAACACAGCAACGCUACGGACAAAGCGGGUACAAACAGUGUUUUGAGCAAACCCAUUCACAAUAGACUGGCCGAGGUGAAGAAGAGGUCAUCCAAGGGGGUCAGCCGCUCCCACUCUGACAUCAGCUCCAGGUAUUCCAAAAACUUUGCAGAUUUUGAUGGUUUCUUCCAGUACUGCGGCCUGGAUGGCGAGAUGAUCCAGUCUUUGGGAAAGGAGAACUUUUCAGUGCACUCAGAGGAAGUGGCUAUCCGAAGAGACAGUGUCUCUACCUCCGACGGUGGCUUCUCCAGGAACAGCGGGAAUAGUGACGGGCUACUGGAGGAAGAGCUGGGGGAGAAGAUUCACCAGGGGACUUCGGUCAUUGAGCGCAACGCCAGGGUUAUCAAAUGGCUGUACAGUUGCAAAAAUGCCCAAGAGACUGGGAAAAAGUUACGAGAGCUUGAUUAACUUCUUUAAUACUUGUUUUAUUUGAAAUAGUUGCCAAAUGUUACCUUCAAUAUUAAGUGAAAUGUUGGAACUUCCUACUUCAUUGGCAUAAUCGUGAAAUAUUAAAAAAAUGAUAGCCUGUUUGAAGACUCAUCAUCAUCAAUCUGAUCUCGGUUUAUGGCCUUCACUAUGUUUGCACUGUGUCUUCUACCCAUUCGUUGUUUUUGUAUUGCAAAAAAAUGGGUCUUUUGUGCAGGGACAUACAACUACAAAUGUCACUUCUGACAUAAUUAUUCAAUGACACUUUCAAAGAAAGUACUAUAGCAGCUUUCAGAAUAGUUUUUACCUCAAUGAAUAUAUUCGUCCUUUUAUCUUAAUAGAACAUGCACCAGAUUGAAAAUGUUCACAGAGGACAUUAGGUUUUAGGGAUUCAAAAUACCAAAACAAUACCAUGCUUCUUUUAAACUACAGCAGUCUGUUCAAAAUGACCAAUUAUUCCAAGAAGCACUUUAGGGCAGCAGUUAUUUUAAAAGAGAUGAUGAUUUAGGUAAAUUAUGUUUUUGCAAGGGCUGUAGGCUUGACAGCAUGCAGGGUUUAGGGUGCCUCACCUCACCUCCUUGUACUUUGAUCCAUCCUUCUAUUUUUUUCCCCUCCAGGCGAGAGAAGUGUGACAGAAAUCAUAAAGAAAGGUUACAUAGUGGUCAUUCGCUAACAUGCAAUACCCCCCCACCCCCACCUAGCAUGCACACACACACACACACACACACACACACACACACACACACACACACACACACACACACACACACACACACACACACACACACACACACACACACAGUGCAGUAUAGAUUAUCCAACAGCAUUUAUAUCAAAAUAAUCUCCCAGCUGGGUGAUCUGUUAAAGUGUGAUAGUGCUAAAGCCCCUUAAGGUAUGGCUUUACCUGGGUCCCCUUGUUCUUCCCCCUUAGUCCUUUCCUUUAACUAUACAAUGCUUUGUGUCAGAUAACUUUACAGUCCUUAACAAUGGAAACUAUUAAUACUACACUGCCAAGCAAGAGAGGUGACUCAAUUCUAGACAAGCAAUGUCCUGCCUGUCUCAUUUGACUUUAGCCAAGGAACAAAAAUAAACAGCCUCAUCCCUUUAUUAUAGUUGAUCUGUAAUUAGUGUACUUAAUGCUCUUUUAUUUAUUCCUUACACUGGUUUGCGCUGUGUUUGUGUGUGUGUGUGUAUGUGUUGUUGUGUGUGUGUGUGUGUGUUUGUUUUUUUAGCAACGUGCUUGUUGAGCACUUCAUGGAGUCACUACAUUUUUGGUGAUUCUAAUUAUGGCCUGAAUAUUACAUUUGUGUAUCGAAGUACCGAAGUGCUAAGCACAUUCAGAUCAUGUACUUGCCAGCCACGAGAUAGCAGUGUUACGUUCAUGUGUAUUUAUUGGGUUGCUGUUUUCCCCUCCCUAUUCAUUAUCUUUAGGAGUACGAAUAUGGCUGUUCUAAGGCCUUGUUGGUUCCACCUGUGGUCUUUCUGAUGCUGCCCUCAUUCAACCUUAUAUCCCAGCCUGUUAGCUUAGCCUUGUUAACUGUCUGUGGUCUGUUGCCACUGUGGCCAUUGGCCACUUAUUGUGUUUCAUCAGCCUUGUCCUAUCGUGGCCAUAUUAGGCCUUGUGUUUUGGGUAAGAUGUAUUCAUGCUUUGUUCGUUCCUGUAGGUAGCUGGUCGGGGUGAGCGGCCACCCUGUUUUCCUGUUUUUGUGGAGCUGGUGAGCUAGGCAUACCGAUUGUAUUUCUGUUGAUCUGUUGAAAGAUCGAAAGAUUAUUUUGUUUAAGGUCCCUGACCUAUUUUGGGCUUGAUAUACAUUUGUUGUACCAAUAAAUCUUUUGUUUACAUCUUUAAACCCAGUGUCUAUACUAUUUAGUAACUUUAUGUUACCCCACUUUCCCCUAGACCAGAGGGUCGUAACAAGAAUUAUAAUUGAAUGUUGCCAUUAUCUCAGUUAUUCUGCUGAUCUUAUGAUGAAUAUAAUACAGAAUAUUUAUUCAUUGGUGACACAUUCCAAUUAAAUUGAUACAUUGCAAAUAAAAA